GCCAUGCAUUCAUUUUUAAAUGCCAUUUUUUAAACUUAUGAUAAUGAUAAAUUAAUAUUUUGCUGUAUGGAUGAUUAUAAAUAUCUUUUCAAAAUAGUUUUGGUUGGUAAUGCUGGUGUUGGAAAGACUUGCAUAGUUAAACGCUUUACUCAGGGGAUUUUCCCGCUUGGUCAAGGCGCAACUAUAGGAGUGGAUUUUAUGAUAAAAACAGUUCAUAUUAAUGGAAUCAAAAUAAAGCUUCAAAUAUGGGACACCGCCGGUCAAGAAAGGUUUCGGUCAAUAACUCAGAGUUACUACAGGAGCGCUAACGCUAUAAUUUUAGUUUAUGAUGUAACUAACAAAUCCAGCUUCGAAGCUCUCACCAAUUGGCUCGCCGAGAUAAAAAAUUUCUCAACCCCCAACGUUUUUAUAGCUCUCGUAGGCAACAAAAACGAUCGAAUUCCCGAACGUCAGGUCACGCAAACCGAGGCCUCUGAGUUCGCUCAAGCACACUCUUUGCCAUUGCUCUCCGAAACAUCGGCCAAAGAUGGUACAGACGAUUUUCACGUUACCAAACUUUUUGACGACGUGGCUCGGCACCUGCUUUCCACCCAUCCAUCUCCCUCUCCCACAUUGGUCAAUCAGGCCGGUCUUUUAAUUCACGGGCCUAUCAAUCACAGAGCGUCUACCAUAUAUCAGUCUGCAGGUGACGAUGCCUUGAUAGACGUGUUUCAUAAACGAAACAUUCGUAACGAAAUUCUGUCGGACGCCUUUUCCCGCACCAAAAACAGUUGUUGUUGAGAAAGAAUCUAAUGCGCACCCCCCCCCC